AUGGCUAAUCCUUGGGAAGACCUCGUGCAAGCUCAGCAUGACCUGUUCGGUCUUCUCUCGCAAUCCUACGAAAACAUGAGGAAGUCUGGAGAAGCCAACAUAACGCUCGGGCUACUGGAAGCCCGCCUCCAGACCUUGGAGAGUUAUUGGGGCAAGUUCGUCACUCGACAUGAGCAGCUACUCAUGGAGUACGGAGACGACCUUGAGGACCACGAGUACUUGACGGACGACCUUAUGCUCAAGGCCGAUAUAUCCUUCCACGUACAGAAGGGCAAGUACCUUGACGAUAUGCGCACGAUGCGCGGUCCGGGCCAUGCGGUAUUCGCCGCUCCCGUCGCAGCUCCCGCUGCCACGUCUGCUGCCGCCGUCGCGGCCGCUGCUCCAACCAUCGCGGCAGCGGCUCCCGUCGUUGCGAGGUUGCCUCGCAUUUCAAUACUACAGUUCUCCGGUCAGUACGAAGUCUGGCCAGCCUUUUGUGACCUUUUUUCUUCGCUGGUUAUUAGCAAUCAAUCCGCCACGCUGGUUGAGAAGCUCCAUUACUUGAAAACCAGCCUGAAGGGAGAGGCUGAGCAAGUUACUCGCCAGCUAUCUACGACUGAAGCCAACUUCGAGCGUACCUGGCGAGCAUUGAAGGAGCAUUACGAGAACAAGAGGCUCCUGGUGAGGUCAUACAUCUCACGACUUCUGUCACUACUUAAGAUGAAGGGUGAGUCGGCCGCUGAUCUCCGCAAAAUAUAUCAUUGCGUACAGACAACCGUCCGAUCUUUAGAGGGGAUCGGUCGCCCCUUGACGCGUAGUGAUGACCUUUGCGUGCAAUUAAUUACGGGCCUCCUCGAUUCGGUGUCACGGCGGAAAUGGGAAACGCAACUUAGUAGUACGGCGGAACCGUCGUCCCUAGACGAGUUGCUCGUGUUCAUCAAUCAGAGGAUGCGGACUCUCGAGUCGCUGACUACCUCGAAGAGUGAGGCUCGACGAAGACUUCUUCAAGUGCCCCUCGUCAAAAACAGACCUUACAGCAAGACGGCUGUCGAGCGGAAGCAGUUCGCGGGUUCCAAUGAAUUGUGUGUCAACUGCCUCAGCAAGCACAAGCUUGCCGAUUGUCCGUCGAAAAAACCGUGCCUGUCGUGCAAUGAGCGUCAUCACUCAACCUUGCACGACGCAUACUCCGCUGUCGCGGUUGUAAAUACUCAUCUUGCGAGAUUGAAGAAAAAGGCCCAAAUGGCCAUGCUGCUGCAAACAGCUCGCGUCCGAGUGAAGGAUCGCUGCGGUGUCGACCACGUCGUGCGAGCACUGGUCGACACGGGAGCGGAGAUGUCGUUGGUGACGGAGUCACUGGCUCAACGACUGCGAUUGCCGCGCUCGCGAUCGGCCUUCGCCGUCUUCGGGGUCUGUGGGAAGAAGUCCGGGGUAUCGCGCAGUCUCGUCGAACUGCAGAGCGCCUGGUCACACUUGAACGGUAUCACCCUCGCCGACCCGGAGUUUUUAGAGUUAGACCCGGUGGACAUCCUUCUAGGAGUUGAUGUUUACAGCACCAUCAUCCAAACGGGAGCAAGGCUGGGCGAGCGUGGCCAGCCUGCUGCACAACUUACGGCGCUGGGUUGGUUAGUCUCCGGACCAGUCGGUCCAGCAGGGUCUUCCGACCGCACACUGUCCCUGCAAUGCAGGAUCGAGAAGGACCUUUCCAGUCUGGUGAGGAACUUCUGGCAGCUGGAUGACCUGCCCACAGGUCCUGCGCCCCUCAUUCCCUCCGAGCAAGAGUGUGAGGAUCUCUACCGACGUUCACAUAACCGACAGUCGGAUGGCCGUUACGUCGUGCGGCUGCCAGUGGUUGCCCCUCUGUCCGACCUGGCAGCCACCAAGCAUGCCGCUUCCCGUGCUCUGACGGGCACGGAGAAGCAAUUGGCACGAGACGACCGACUGCGUCAAAUGUAUUUGGACUUCAUGAGGCAGUAUGAAGACUUAGGCCACAUGACGCCGGUGCAAACUGACCGAGAUGCCGGGGAUCGUGUGAGCUACCUGCCUCACCACGGGGUCCUGCGGGAGGCCAGUUCCACUACGAAGCUGCGUGUGGUCUUCAAUGGUUCUACGACGGUCCUGUCCGGCGAUUCUCUCAACCGGAGCUUUCUGGUGGGCCAGAACCUGCUGCCUCCACUCGCCGACGUUCUCCUGAGGUGGCGGCUUCCUCGCUACGUCCUUGCCACAGACAUAGAAAAAAUGUACCGGCUGAUCCUGGUCCACCCUGAGGACCGGGAUCUUCAGCGCAUCCUGUGGCGAUACCAUCCCCAGGACGAGAUGAUGGAGUAUCGCCUAAACACCGUUGGCGUGCGCUCCAUUCUUGGCGAUGCGCACUCUUCUCCAGCUGGCCGACGACGAGGCUGA